CAACAUCAGUGUCCGCGCGAUCUCCCGCGAAUUAAUUUCAAAUUACUCGUGUUGGUUUAUCGAUCAGUCGAUCAAUCAAGUGAUCAAUUAAAUUAUAUCAAAAUUUGUUUUUCAUAUAAAAUGAUAACUAUAAGAUUAGUGUAUGCAAGUAUUGCGUUAAUUGGUACGGCUGGAGCAAUACCACUAAGUAAAUCCUAUGGAAUAUCAAGUACGGAAAAAAAUCAAAAAACUUUACGACAAGUGACUCUAUUAAUGAGACAUGGAGAGCGGGCACCGGUAGAUACUUAUCCGAAGGAUCCGUAUAUUAAUUCGACGAUGGAUCCUUAUGGCUGGGGACAAUUAACUGAUAAAGGCCGUUUAAAUGUUUACAACAUAGGUUUAUAUCUUCGAGAUCGUUACGGUGAAUUUUUAGGCGAAGAUUAUUCACCAGAUAAAUUUUGGCUACAAAGUACUUCAGCAGAUCGUGCAAAAAUGACAGCAAUGAUAUUGUCCGCGGCACUGUGGAAGCCCAGUGAGAAACAAAAAUUUAAAUCCGAAAUUGAUUGGCAACCAGUUGCACUUCAUUACUGGACCAGGCCCGAAGAUCAACUCCUGAUUAUUUGGAAUGCAUGUCCAAAAUUAACUGUCGAGCGACUGAAAGUUGAUGACGAUCCAAUUGUGCGGCGAAUUAACAUUAAAUUUAAAGAUAUGUACGAUUAUAUCGAAAAAAAUUCUGGAUGGCCCAUGAAUAAUCCUGGUGAUGUUGCUAAUAUCUACAGUACUUUGAAUGCUGAGGAAGCGAUGGGUAUAGCGAUGCCUGAAUGGAUUCGUCAGUACUACCCUACGAAAAUGUCAUCACUGAUGAGUUUCAGUCUCUCGCAGAACGUCUUCAACGACAAGCUGCGUCGCCUAGCAGGUGGGCCAUUCAUAUCGAAGAUGGUCCGCAAGAUGGAAGACCGAGUUACAGGAAACCUCAAGCCCAAGGCGCGUAAAAUGUUUGCAUACAUAGCCCACGACAAUUCAGUUGUUAAUUUGCUGUCGUCAAUGCGCGUGUGGGACGGCAAGGAACCGGGUUUCAAUGCGAUGAUCCUCAUCGAGUUGCAUGAAAUCAAGGGCGACUGGAAUGUUCAGUUGUUUUAUCGCAAUGCACCAGAUUACGAACUUCGUCCGCUAAUUAUUCCUGGCUGUGAACAAAUGUGUCCACUUAAAAAAUUUAAGGAAUUAAUGGAACCAAUGAUAAUAGACGACUACGAAUCAGAGUGUAAAGUCGACGACCCGAAUUAUAAAAUUCCCCCACCACCGCCAGCUUAAAAAGUAUUAAAAAAAAACAAUAAACUGUUAACUUAU